AUGAUUGUGGUCAUCAUAUGCAAUCUGAUAAAGACUGUUUGCAUGAGCAUAAUUGCAUGGAAGCAAGAUCCUGAGCCACUAGUGACUCUUGGUGACGCAAUUGCCUCCUUCCUGGAUCGGCCUGACGUGACAACCGAAGGAAAUUGCAUAGUCGGGAAGACUCGGUUUGAAAACAGCAGAUCUUGGGACUUGCUUUUAUGCAGAUGGGAUCCGAAACGAUUGCGCUGGUGGCGAGCUGCCAGCCAAAGAAGAUGGCUCGCUUGUAAUGUUCUAUGUAUAUCGACUCUCGUUGUUACUGGCACUCUACUAAGCCUAGGCCUGAACAACGAUCAACUGACCGACCGGUCCAUGUCACACCUCUGGUCCCUCGGUUUCGGCAAUGUCAACGCUGAAACUUUGAUCAGAAUGAACCACAGCCAAGACUUGUCAGGCCCUGCUGGCGUCAUCUUGACAGUCCUAGUUGCGAAUUCGCCUCAAAUUCUCCUUUCCUUCCUAUACUUCGCUUACAAUGGACUUUUCACCUGCAUGUUACUCGCCGAGGAAUGGAGCGCAUACGCAUCCAAAAGAAGAUUCCUAAGAGUCACAUCUCCAACAGGAGGGCAGCGAAGCACCUAUCGGUUGCAACUACCCUAUCGUUACGGUAUUCCACUCCUCAUAGGCUCGAGUGCGCUACACUGGUUCGUCUCGCAAUCCAUCUUCCUUGCCCGUGUUAACGUUAUCGAUUCCGCCGGGGUUGAAGUCGCUGGUGAAGGAGUCUCGACUUGCGGCUACUCGCCGAUUGCCUUGAUCUUUGUUAUCAUUCUCGGAUCUAUUGUUGUACUGCUGGGCAUUGCUUUUGGCUUUCGAAAGGCUCGGGUCGGGAUGCCUCAUGCCGGUAGCUGUAGUGCUGUGAUCAGUGCAGCUUGUCAUCCACCGGAGGCAGACGUGGAUGCGUCGUCGAAGCGCGUUAUGUGGGGCGUGGUGGCUAAGGAAAGCUUCAAGUAUCGGGGCAAGAGUGUUGGCCAUUGCUCCUUUACCAGUCUCAAGGUGGAGGCGCCCAUCGUGGGAGAAAGGUACGCUGGGCAUUAG